AUGGAGGCUUUUGAGAGAGCGCUCGCCUCGGGCACGGCCAAAGAUGGUCGUGCUGCCAGAGUUUCUCACGGAAUUAUUGUCGCAGCAGUUGAUAAGUCAGGUGAAUACAUUUAUAAAAACGCAUCUGGCUUAGUUUCACUCCAUCCAGAUUCACCACCUGUUCAAUUCGACAAUGAACUCGUCAUGGCUUCCUGUACAAAGCUGAUCACGACCAUUGCUGCCUUGCAAUGUGUUGAACGUGGUCUCAUCGGCCUUGACGAAUCGAUUGACAAGCACCUGCCAGAGUUGGCGAAUUCGCAAGUCAUCACUUAUGACUCGAAGUCCGAGAAAGAAUCCUUUACAUUGGCUCCCGCGAAGACCCAAGUUACUUUACGGCAGCUGUUAAAUCACUCGAGUGGGCUCGCGUACGAUUUAGGUGAGCCUGCACUCGAAGCAUGGCGGAAGUCUCGUGGUGAAACACCUCUCAGUCUCUGGGCUCCGGUUGUUCCAGCCUUCUCUACACCACUACUUUUCGAACCUGGCACGCAAUGGGCAUAUGGUUCAGGAAUUGAUUGGGUGGGUUUAUUGAUCUGUCGUCUUGCGCAACGAAUGUCACUGGAGAAUUACCUCAUCGACAACAUAUUUGCUCCAUUGAACAUGGUUUCGACCACGUUCCAUCUCUGGUACAAGCCUGAAAUCUGUCAGAAGUUCCUCCAGCCUGCAUAUCGAUUACCAGAUGGUUCAUUGAUACCUGGGAUCCUGCCAUAUCCGCACCCUCCAGCAGACGAAUAUGGAGGGAAUGGACUCUUGUCUUCAAUGCCCGACUACAUGAAGGUGUUGGGCGACAUUAUUAAAGAUUCUCCGGUGCUGCUCAAGAAAGAAACAGUAGAGCUGAUGUUCUCUCCCCAAUUCGAAGAGGGAAGUGGUGCUCUACAACAUCUCAAGAAUAAUCAAACAUUGUUCGAGAACUCUGCUGGAGGUCACAUCGGGAAUCAUGCGAUCAAUUUUGGACUCGGUGCUUUGUUUUUCACCCAGCAAAUGCCUUUAACGGGAGCACCACCAGGGACGUUGGCAUGGGGUGGACUGCCAAAUAUGAUGUGGUUUGCGAACAGGGAGAAAGGGGUUGCUGGAUUUUAUGCUACACAAUUGAUACCUCAAUCUGAUUUUAGGAACACGAAAUUGGCUGCAUUGUUUCAGAGGUCUCUUUGGAAGAUGGUCAAUAAGCAAGAUCAAUGA